AUGCUAUCGAACCUUGACGUGGAUGCCUAUCCCCUACGAGCAAAAGUUCCCCUCUCUACCAAGUACGGAUAUCCCAUGAUGAGUUACGGUGCUCUAGACGAACGAAAAAUCUCACGAUCUUUCACUCUUCCACAGUUGAAUCUUGUUGACGCCCUGACGCCGUUGGCAAGGGGCCAUACCAAGUCUCAUCUGCCCACGCUUGAGGCGUCCAAACAGCGAAAAACACCAACCGAAGCGUCUUCGGCAAAUCUCAGACCUAUCAAGGGCUUUUCCCACGCUUCUCUUAUCUUUUCUUCUUUUCUAGAGUGCGUGAGCGACAGUGCAUUCAGGGGUCCAGACUGCCGGGGCAAAAAGACUCUUCUCGAGGUCUGGAACUUUUCCCUUGCGCCUUCACGAGCUGAAAAAAUUCUCAAGCGAGUUCACAGAGAGCCGCGGUCUUGGCAUUCGGGGAAAAUGUCACAACAGAAAAUGAGGAAAGCUUGUUACCUAGAUCCAAACACCGGCGGCAUCUGUUCACCGAGCCCGGGAAAACACAGUAAUCGCGGCGCCGAACCCAACCGCGUUUUCUAA